AUGGCCGCCAACGAACAACCUUAUGACCCCUAUAUCCCCGCUGGCUCUGCCGGGGCCGCUCAGCAGGGCGCAGGGAACCAGAGAACAGCUAGAAUCGACGCGGAAAUCCAAAACACCGUCGGUUUGAUGACGGAAAACAUGCAAAAGGUCGCCCAGCGUGGUGAAAAUCUGAAUGAUCUUCAGGACAAGACCGACAACCUGGCCGUUUCAGCCCAAGGCUUCCGCCGAGGUGCCAAUCGCGUGCGCAAGGAUAUGUGGUGGAAGGACAUGAAGAUGCGUGUUUGCUUGAUUAUUUGUGUGAUUGUGCUCCUCGUGGUCAUCAUCGUGCCAUCGGUGGUCGCCACCAAAAACCACUGA